AUGCAAGAGAAGCCUACGAAACGGCCCAUCAAGCGCAAAGAGGCCUCACGGCUCGUUGGACGCGCUGCGUGGAAUGGCAUCGCCCGAUUUUUCAGCAGAGACGGCGGCAUGCCAUCGUUAGCGAUGGUGUUGGCAGGGGAUACCUGCUAUCCUGUCAGCGUGAAGAACUUCGAGGCGUACCUCGCCUACCAGGCACGUGACGUGUCUGCCGCUGAACACUCUGUGGAGGUGCUGCAGUUUGUGGUGUGGUUCCAGGACUACCGCCGCCGCUUCCUCGCCCUCCCCCCACACGUCCGGGCCGCGUCCCCCGGCCACUCCCACUUCGCCUUCGCCAUCCCCACCCCCGCCCGCACUGCAGACCGCGUCCGCGCCAGCAACGCCCGCGCAUCCCUGCCGUCCUCAUACAAGCUCGCAGCCUGUGUUCGCCUCCCCCCGGUCGACUCCGCCGUAGCGUACCCCGACUCCGCCCCUUCGCUCGCGACGCCCAACUCCCCACUGCUGUCGCAGCCACUACGCCCUGCGUCGGAUCCCGUCCCACGCGACCAGCCGUUCAAGGAAGAGUGCAUGCGCAUCGUCGCGACCUUCCUCAGACCGGGCACCGCGAAGGAGCUGCCCCUCGACGCUGCCCUACGCGACACCACCAUCCGGGACCUCACCUGGAACACCCACCCCGACGUCUUCCUCCCCGUCUACGCAGAGCUCUGCUACACCCUCGAGACCCUCUCCCUCCCGCGCUUCCUCGCCGCCGCCUCCGCGAACAUCAACCGCUCCAGGCGGCUCUUCUACGGCGCCUCCGGCAUCUUCGAAACCGCCGUCGGCGUCUUCCUCGCCGUCCUCCUCGUCUGCGUCGUGCGCGUCCCGCCCGAGGCGAACCGCGCGUGGCGCCUGCUCGCGGUGCUCCCUGCCAUGGUGGGGAUGAUGCAGCUCUACGCUGUCUACAGGGGGUUCUGCAGCUGGAUGUGGAGCCGCGGCAAGACGCAGCUGCACGAGUGGGAGCUCGAGGAGAUGGACGCGGCGACGGGCGCACACUGGGACGCGCUCCUCGCCCCGCCGCCCGCAGACGGGGCGAAGGCGAAGGCGGGGGAGCGGUGGGAAGCGCAGGCUGCGUCGUUCACGAUCGCGCCCUUCAACGCGCCCCUCCCUGAGCCUGGCAGCGAACGGGCGUCCGUCGCGCCGCGACAUCAUAGACGGCGAUCGCGCCGUUGCUCCCCGGUAUCCUUCCUCCUCUCCCGCCUCCGUCCGCCAUCAACAGCCGCCUCACCAUCCCCACCGCUGCAUCCUUGCUCUCCCCGACGGAGCGACCCGGAGAAGUCGCGCAUCGACGCCUACGCCGCGAAGCGCGCCCCGCUCUUCGGGCCCGAGAAGGUCGUGCUCGACCCGCGCAUCCGCGCGCUGCAUCGGAGGGCGUUCCGCGACGUGCUGUGUUUCGGGCUUGUUGCGACCGCGAUUUUCGCUGCGGUGGUGUUGAGUGUCCCGGGUAGGCGGAGGUAG